UUUCCUACUUCCUCCACUUCCUUCAAUUUUACUGCUAAAAUCGUAGCGCCACCAGAAAACCCCUUCUUCUCUUUCUUUAUCUCUCCUCUCUCUCUCUUCGCAUCUUUCUCUGAAACUCACAAUCACUCAAUUAAAACCCAGAUUGCCGUUUGCUGGUUUGUGCUACUUGAGUAAUCUUUGGACUACUAUUCCUUGGUUUCACCACCCUUAUUUUUGUUCUGGGCCCAUUAUUAAGAAAUAAUGGCCCAGCAAGUGAGUAUUGUACGACGCAUAUCCUAUACACAAGAGCUUGAAGAUGGGAAGCCGCUCUAUGUUUCUUCAAAUUGUCUCCCUUUCAAGGUGUCAAAGUUUGAACCUGCAGGCCAUUCUUUUCACUCUGCUGCACUUAGACUUUCUGGUUACUGUGAAGAAGAUUCAGACAAGGAUGAUCAGAGUGUAUCAAGUGAUAAAGAACCUACUUUUGUUCCUUCUUUUGAGUCGUAUAGUGGUAAGAGUAAGAAGAAAUCUGGAUCUGAUGGUAAACAACAGGAUCAUUAUGCAUUGUUGGGCUUGGCACAUUUGAGAUACCUUGCGACCGAGGAGCAGAUAAAGAAAAGUUAUCGUGAUGUUGCUUUGAAAUAUCAUCCUGACAAACAAGCUGCCCUCCUUCUGGCAGAAGCAACUGAAGCUGCAAAACAAGUAAAGAAAGAUGAAAUUGAAAAUCAUUUCAAGGCCAUUCAAGAAUCUUAUGAGGUGUUAAUGGACCCUCUGAAACGAAGAAUUUAUGACUCGACUGAUGAAUUUGAUGAUGAGAUCCCCACUGACUGUGCACCACAGGACUUCUAUAAAGUUUUUGGUCCUGCUUUUAUGAGAAAUAGUCGCUGGUCUGUUAACCAACCUGCCCCUUCAUUAGGAGAUGAUAAUUCUUCAUUUGACGAGGUUGAUAAAUUCUACAAUUUCUGGUAUGCCUUCAAAAGCUGGAGAGAAUUUCCACAUGCAGAUGAAUUUGACAUUGAGCAAGCAGAAUCUCGUGAUCAUAAAAGAUGGAUGGAACGACAGAAUGCAAAGCUCACAGAGAAAGCUAGAAAAGAAGAAUAUGCCCGUGUACGUUCUCUUGUUGACAAUGCUUAUAAAAGAGAUCCAAGGAUUGUUAAGCGAAAAGAAUUUGAGAAAGCCGAGAAGAAGCGGAAAAAGGAAGCCAAAUUCUUAGCAAAGAAGUUGCAAGACGAAGAAGCUGCACGAGCUGCUGAAGAGGAGAAGCGUAAGAAAGAGGAGGAAGAUAGAAAAGCUGCUGAAGCUGCUUCGCUUCAGAAGAAAGCAAAAGAGAAGGAAAAGAAGCUCCUGCGCAAAGAACGGAACCGUCUUCGAUCACUUGCUGCUCAAGUUGCAUCUGACUAUGUGUUUGACAUUUCUGGAGAUGAUGUAGAAAGUCUUUGUAUGUCACUUAACAUGGAGCGGCUCAAGGAACUGUGUGAUAGGAUUGAGGGGGAGCAAAAAGACGAUCAAGUUAAAAGUCUCAAAGAAUCACUUGGCGGUGAAGUCAAUGGGGAGGAAAAGCCAAAUCCAAAUCAGAAUCCAAAUCCUAAGCCAAAUCCCGCCCAAACUGGUGCAGCAAAAUCUAAUGGAAGCCUGACAUCAUCGAGUAGCCACGAAAAGAAAGAGAAACCUUGGGCUAAGGAAGAAAUAGAUCUCUUGAGAAAAGGUAUGCAGAAAUUUCCAAAAGGUACGUCACGGAGGUGGGAGGUUAUAUCGGAGUAUAUUUGUAACAGCCCGCUCUUCCGAGCUGCUAAUGAAACACACUUAACAACUAUAAGCUAGAAUCCAAAUCUUAAU